AUGCGCAUCCUUUAUCUAGGAUUUUGUGUGCUUGCCACAUAUGGCUUGGUUCUUGGCCGACCUUCAGAAGACAGCAAUGAGGAUGACACUAGCUACGAGGAAGGUGAAAGUAAAUCUCUGAUUCCGUUGCCCAGCAAAAGAGCUCUAGAAAUGGUGGGAGUUAAAUUCAUUGAUGCUCUCAUCAAGAAAGGACAAGUCGAAAUGGCAAAAGGAGCUUUCAAAACACAGCUGGAUGUUCUAGAAAAAGUUAAUCCAAAACAGUUUGAAAAAUAUAAGGAAAUGAGUGUCGAUGAACUAGCAACCGAUGCCGUGAUGCAGCAGGCUGAAAUGGCAAAACUACAACCAAAGACUGGAAAUCCUUUCGUUGAUAUGCUGAACGAGAAUGGUAUUCCGAUCGCUAGUAGUUUAAAAGGAAUUGAACAAGCAAUCAAAACCCAACAGGAAAUGGAAAACCAAGACCCUGCCGAGCAGGUAGCUCAAGCUGUUUUCGAGAAAUUCCAGAAGCAAAUCUUACCCGGAUUAGUUGCCAACAUCAUUGCUGGACGAAAUCCUUUCAAGAUGCCUCAACAGCCGAGACCAAUGCAGGCACCUCCAAGUGAAAUUCAUCGACAGGCUCUAAUGAUGGCAAAUUAUCCAACACAAUCAAACGUCCCUUCCGACAAUUUUAUUCGGAGAGCUCCAAUAAGCGAUGAUAGUGAAGUGUCAUUGAGUGAGCUCCGGGCUAAGCUAGCGGAAAGCCCAAGACUUAGACAGCUGUUGAUGAGUGACGAAGUUUCAUCAAUGCUGCAUGCCAGACAACACGAUGAACCGAUAGAUGUUAACUGGGCUGAACGCUCAUCUAAUAGACGUUACAAGGAUUCCGAUGUUCCGAGAGAGGAAGAAACGGCAGCAGGAUUAGAUGGAAAGGCUGCUAUAGUUCUGGGAAUACACGAUGUUUAUUCGGAGAAGGAUGUUAAGGAAUCGGAAUAUAAAGAGAACAUCAGAAGAGCCCCUCUAGCUUUAUCGACUGACUUACUCAAUACCCUCCAAAAAAAUGACGAAUUAAAAAAAGCCCUGACAAGAAUGACUUAUAGAGUGAAUGAUGUUGAAAAAUAUUUAGCUCCAAAGCCAUUGAUGAUCAAUCCUAAAGCUCAGCCCGGCUAUUUCAUCCCCCGAAAGCUUCCACAGAGACCUAGAAAAAUGCUUCCAUUAUUGAUAGGAAUGGCCUCCUCUGAAGUGGAAGAGAUACGUCGCAUGCCUAGUAGUCAAAGAAUUGAACCCAGGUCCAGCAGGGUUAUCCAAAAUUUGAAAAACAACCCGAACAUCGCUCCUCUAUUCAUGGAUGACUUUUUAGAAGAGAAACUAACCGGAAGACAAGUCUUGACAAACGAACAAAAGGGCAAACUGAGAUACAAAACUAUUAAAGCAUACCCUCGACUGUUCUCAUCCAAAACUUUGAAACCUAUCGAUGCAAAAGUCACGCAGAUGAUCGAAGAGCGACCCGUUCCACCCCUUUUCUGGAAACCAAAAGGUCGCCACACGAGAUUAAGAUGGACAGGCGCUACGGAAAAAGAAAUACCUGGCGUAGGAGGACGAUUCAUUCUCCCCUCUUUGGAUCCCACAAUGCCUGCUUUGAACACUGCUUACUCAACACAAGGAAGAGCGAGGGAAGAAUGGGAUAGCACAUUCAAAAUUCCCAACACAUGGUCCCCAGGAGAUGAAGCGGGUUUUUCUGUCGAGCACAAAAGCAAAAGAUUCGUGGGUGGGAACGCCGGAGUAGAUAUGCCCGCAGCAGGGUUUUAA